AACUAGAAAACUGAUUGAAGCGGACCCAAUUCUCUGGGCCAUAAAAAGCGCAGAUUGUAACACUGCACAUAACACCAGGAUCAGAAUGUCUAACUCGAACAGAAGCGGUACAGUCGAACGGCUAGCUGACUGACAAGCGCCUAAAAUGCACAGUAAUGUCAGUCACUGGCAACAAUAUGCCGAAGGCUAUAAAGGCAAAUCUGGGAAACUCACGCCGAAAAGCAGGUCGUAGCAUCGGAACUAGCGAAUUCAGUUUAGGUACAGCUGUUCUGUAUACAUGGACAGGGAGGGGUGACCGCAUCAUUCAUAGGCAUUUGAUACAUUGGCAGGACUAUCGCAAUACUUACAGAAGUUCCAUUUGGAGGUAGUAGGGGCGCGCAAGAUCAGCCGUGACUAAACGUCGUCCCUAGUAAAAGGAUGGUCAGUAAAGAACAUAGUGACAGGAUACAACGAAUUGCUUACCCUUUUUGUGCAUACCAUUAAUCAGCAGUAUCAUCUU